AUCGAAAAUCUAUACUUUUAACUGAGAAUACAAAUUAUCAAACGUGGGCUCCCACCCACCAUUUCAAACCGACAACAUUCUUUACAAAAUAUUUUGGCACAUCUUUGUUUCCUUUUCUUUUCUCCCUUUUCCCUUAAAAUUUUCUUCAAGAUUUUGAAAAUCACACUCCAAAGCAGUAACAGCAAGAACCUUCUCCAUUAAACCACAUAUCUAAAUCUCUCUUCUUUCUCCCCUAAAAGGAAAAUUCGAAGCUGAAUCUCACUCCGUUUCUUUCUUCUUCUCCACAAUGAACAACACCAUUUUCUUGAUUUUGCUAAUAAUCUCAUCAAUCUUCUCCCAAUCCCACUCGCAGCAGCAGCGGAUCAAAACCAUAGUAAUCCUAGUAAUGGAAAACCGCUCAUUCGACCACAUGCUGGGCUGGAUGAAGAGAUCCAUCAACCCUUCAAUCAACGGCGUCACCGGCGCCGAAUGCAACACCGCCGCAUCCACCAAAAUCUGCUUCUCCGACGACGCCCGCUACGUCGACGCCGAUCCGGGCCACUCCUUCGAGGCCGUCUCCCGCCAGGUAUUCGGCUCCUCCGCCUCCACCCCCACCAUGUCCGGCUUCGCCGCCCAAGCCCUCACCAUCUCCCCCAACCUCUCCGCCGCCGUGAUGAAGGGCUUCCACCCGCACCGCCUCCCCGUCUACGCCGCCCUCCUCUCCGAAUUCGCCGUCUUCGACCGCUGGUUCUCCUCCAUCCCGGGCCCCACCCAGCCCAACCGCCUCUUCCUCUACUCCGCCACCUCCCACGGCUCCACCUCCCACCUCAAGAAGCUCCUCGCCAGAGGCUACCCUCAGAAGACCAUCUUCGACUCGCUGCACGAGAACGGCCUCGACUUCGGCGUAUACUUUCAGAACAUUCCGACUACGCUCUUCUACCGGAACAUGAGGAAGCUCAAGUACGUGUUCAAGUACCACCGGUACGGGGCGAGGUUCGGGAGGGACGCGAGGGAGGGGAGGCUGCCGAGCCUGAGCGUGAUCGAGCCGAGGUACUUCGACCUGAAGGGGAUGGCCGGGGCGGCGAACGACGACCACCCGUCGCACGACGUGGCGAACGGGCAGCGGCUGGUGAAGGAGGUGUACGAGGCGGUGAGGGCGGGGCCGCAGUGGAACGAGACGCUGCUGGUGGUGACCUACGACGAGCACGGCGGCUUCUACGAUCAUGUCCCCACGCCCUACGUCGGGGUGCCCAACCCCGACGGGAACACGGGGCCGUCGCCCUAUUUCUUCAACUUCGAUCGACUCGGUGUUCGUGUCCCCACCAUUAUGGUCUCCCCCUGGAUCAAGAAAGGAACUGUUGUGAGCAAGCCAAAUGGUCCUAGUCCAAAUUCAGAGUAUGAGCAUUCAUCAAUCCCUGCCACAAUAAAGAAGAUGUUCAACCUCUCAUCAAACUUCUUAACUCACAGAGAUGCUUGGGCUGGCACCUUCGAGCAAGUUGUGGGCGAGUUAACCUCUCCAAGAACAGAUUGCCCAGAGGUUUUGCCGGACGUGAGCCCUCUUCGGAAGGCGGAGGGCGAUGAGAGCAGAGGGCUGUCGGAGUUCCAAGGGGAGGUUGUGCAGCUGGCCUCUGUGCUCAACGGCGAGCAUUUGCUGAGCGGUGAUUUGGGGAAGAAGAUGAACGUGAAGGAAGGCGAGGCGUACGUGAAGGGCGCCGUCUCAAGGUUCCUUCGGGCGAGCAAAGAGGCCAUCAAGAUGGGUGCAGAUGAGUCUGCCAUUGUUGACAUGAAGGCUUCAUUGACUACUAGAUCAUCCAUUCAUCACUAGAUCAUAUAUAUAUAUAUAUACACACUUCUUCUUUUACUUAGUUUCUAUACUCAUAAGGGCAUAUGAUGAAGAGAAUGUUUGAGUCUUAUGUUUGCAAUAGUUGUGAUGAUAUAUGUUUCAUGUUUCUGUGGAGAAAUUAGAUGAGAGUCAUCGAUCAUAUAGGGUUGUAUAUUAUUGGCUUAUGUUUAGUGCAUUUGGAACUUUUUAAUCCAAUCUUCUUCUUGUUGUGUUGA